AUGGGCAUAGUUGACGAAGUGGGAACUGGUGUCAGCCUGUUGCAAAAAGGCGACCGUGUUGUCAUGCCAUUCAAUGUCGCUGAUGGGCGUUGCCGCAAUUGUGAAGUGGGCAAAACGGCCUUCUGCACGGGGGUGAAUCCAGGCUUUGCUGGCGGUGCAUACGGAUAUGUGGCCAUGGGUCCAUACCGAGGUGGACAAGCACAAUAUAUUCGCAUCCCCUUCGCAGAUUUCAAUGCUCUGAAGCUUCCACCAGGAAAGGAGCAUGAAUCGGACUUCAUUCUUCUGGCAGACAUUUUCCCCACGGGAUGGCAUGGUGUUUCUUUAAGCGGGUUCCAGCCCGGCGAGUCUAUCGGCGUUUGGGGCGCGGGACCAGUCGGGCUGAUGGCCGCGUACUCGGCGACACUCAGAGGUGCCAGCAAGGUCUAUGUGGUUGACAGAGUCCCCGAGAGACUGGCUGCAGCCGAAAAGAUUGGGUGUAUCCCAAUCGAUUUCAGCAAGGGAGAUGCUGUUAAACAGAUCCUGGACCACAACGGCGGGAUGCUCGACAGAGCCGUCGAUGCUGUUGGCUACCAGGCUGUCGACACUGGAGGAAAGACCGAGCAGCCAAACAUUGUUCUUGAGAACAUGAUUCAAGCCACAAGAGCUUGUGGUGGGUUGGGCAUUCCAGGUCUCUAUGUCCCCACCGAUCCAGGUGCGCCAGACGCGAACAGCGCAAAGGGCCGCAUCAGUUUGAGUUUUGGCAAAUUGUUUGAGAAGGGGCUUUCGCUUGCCACCGGCCAAUGCAAUGUCAAGCAGUACAACAGAUAUCUCCGAGAUCUGAUCAUUGCUGGGAAGGCGAAACCCUCUUUUGUUGUGAGCCAUGAGAUUGGUAUCGAAGAAGCAGAGGUGGCGUACGACAAGUUCGACAAGAGAAUCGAGGGAUAUACCAAGGUGUUGAUCCAUCCCAAUGGGCCGUUGUGA